UUACUCUGUGAAAAGAAAUUUUUACAGACAAAACAAAACCCUAAGUCUCUCUCUCUCUCGCUCGGAGUGUCUGUGGAUUUCCAUUUUGUAGAAGGAAGAGAUGGGUGGGCAGAGGGAAGUAACGACAUCAUUAGAUGCAGUUCGUGAUAAGAAUUUGAUGCAACUAAAAAAGAUGAAUACUGCUCUUUUCCCUGUUCGUUAUAAUGAUAAAUACUAUGCUGAUGCUCUUGCUUCUGGUGAAUUUACUAAGCUAGCUUACUACAGCGACAUCUGUGUUGGUUCAAUUGCCUGUCGCAUCGAGAAGAAGGAAGCUAGAGUUGACCGUGUUUACAUCAUGACACUGGGUGUCUUGGCUCCCUACCGUGGGAUAGGGAUUGGUACCAAGCUAUUGAACCAUGUUAUCGAUCUAAGCUCCAAGACAAACGUCGCUGAGGUUUACUUGCAUGUCCAGACAAACAACGACGAUGCUCUCAAUUUUUAUAAGAAGUUUGGGUUUGAAGUCACUGAGACCAUCGAAAACUACUACAUGAAUAUUACCCCACCAGACUGUUAUGUGCUUACCAAGUUCAUCACCCAGUCUCAACCUCCGAAGUGAUACUCCGUCCAUUAAUAUAUGUAUCAUUGUUUGCAUCCAAGUGACAACUACCUUGAAAUGAACCUGAUAGCAGUUGGGUUUUUUGAGUGCUGUAGAGAGAGAGCGUUUAGGUUUAUAAUUUGUUACACUCAUUUUUUGAUAUCAUGGGUUUUGUCCUUGAUGUUUAGCCUUUUUAUGUUUAUGUAGGACAUCCUUCCAAUCAAAUAUCCUGAAGUGCAUCAUUGUGUUUAA